AUGGCGCAACCCUCUACCCCUGGUCCAUCGACUUCUUCUGUCAGCAUUUUCGGCCAAGCCCUGGCGACCCAUGCCGGUGGGACGCCGCAGACCAGUCUCGUCGGCCAGACUUCAGCAGACGCCAUGAGCGCCAUUCAGUCGCCUGCCUCGGCCUCCAACAAUACAUACAUUAUGCCAAACUCUCCCGCCAAGGGUCGCCCUCUGGUCGAUGGCUACCGUCCCAAAGUCACCCGCACGCUUGGCCAGAGACCUGCGUGUCUCGUCAAUGCGUCUGUGACAUACUGCGGGAACAAUCAGAUCUAUGCCUUCGGCGGCUUUGACCAAUACACGGACGAGGUGUACAAUCACGUCCUGCGACUAGAUCUGACAACCCAUCAGUGGAAUUUGGUAGACAACUAUGGCGAUAUUCCUGGGGUGCGCAUGGGCCACACGGCGACGUUGUACAAAAGCGACAAACUCCUAGUCUUUGGCGGCGAGAACGAGCAUCGAACCUACCUAUCCGACCUUAUCGUCUUCGACUUGAAAACAGCCCAUUGGACACAACCCCUGGUGUCCGGCCCGAUACCAAAAGGCAGAGCAAGACACGCCGCGGUGCUGCACGAGGAUAAGCUGUUCAUCAUCGGCGGCAUUACAGGCCAAAACAACUAUGUGUUGGACGACAUUUGCUACCUCGACCUCAAGACGUUUACAUGGUCAAAGGCAUGGCGUUUCGUCGGCCGCUUUGACCACUCGGCGUAUAUCUGGGGUGACCGUGUUUGGGUCUUUGGUGGCCUCAGUGAAGACAUGGACAAGAUUAGCGACUUGUGGUGGCUUGAUCUGAAGGGAAGCCCAGAAUUCGACUCACGACCCCAUUUUGGCGUCUUCGACCGCCACUCCGCUGCCCACAGAACUAGUAGUUCUCCCAAGCUGCCUUACACUAUGGCAUCAAAUCCUGUUGUUGGCACUUCUGGAUAUGCUGCGAAUUCCCGGACCGCUCAAGUGAAUCCUCCCUCUUUUCAAGUAAAAUCUUAUGCGCCAAUGGCACCAGGGUCUAUAUCUGCUCUAAAGUUUGUGUCGGGGCCGACUGUUCCAUCUCAAGGAUCAGGCAUUCAUUUCCACGCCUACUCUUCCGGAACGUUGCUCGACUUUGUAACCCCUGCUGCGACCAUUACCCACAGAGAAUGCUCUCUAUCAGCAUUAGACCUCAAUACGUUGCGGUGGCAGAAGCUUGCUGACGGCCGUGAAAUCUUCAAAACCGGAUACAGAUGGCACUACUGUACCAUGAACGAAGAUGGCACCAAAGCGUGGCUCCUGGGCUGUCCAGUCGAUCCUGCUUCAACUGAUUUGGGGCCCAACGGUUAUGAAGAGUACCUCAGUGAUAUCAUGGAAGUUGAUCUUCGGCGAUACGGCUUUCUUGGAAAUAACCUGGCACCAGAAAGUUUAGCUCAGUCUAGGCCAUCCUUUACCACUAGACUGUCUGAUCAGCCUUCCAAGGGACUUGGUGCGGAUCUUGCUAAGCUGUUCAACCAGCCUCCUGAGUCUGGAAGUGGUACAGACUUUGUCAUCACUGCGCUGGCCGAUGAAGCCGACAGCGACGACACUUUAAGCUCUGGGCUCAUUCGAGCCGAUGAUCCAGCCAAGGAUCAGGGCUGGCUUUCUGCAGACACACCGACUUCUACGCCGAUUCACGUUCAUAAGCUCAUUUUACAAGCGCGGUGGCCGCACUUUGCGCGCCUGUAUAACGCUCAGAUGGCGGAAUUUCACACGAAAAAGAUGCAUAUCCCCGAGCCAUAUUCCGUGGUCAAGGCAUUCCUCCUGUAUCUUUACACUGAUAACAUCCACGGCACGGUGGAGACGGACAGCGACGCCACUACAGACCUCUCUGAUGUUGCUGGGCUCUUAGUCAUGUCCAAUAUCUACAACAUCCCACACCUUCGCCUGUUGUGCGUAAAUCGCCUAGCCAAGGAGCUCGAUGUCGAACAUGCCUGCGUCAUCUGGUACUGCUCAGGACUGGCGAGCGAAGAAUGGCUGCGCAAAAGAGCGGCAACGUUCUGCAUGACACACUGGGGCCGCAUCGUUCGCACUCCAGGCUUCCUCCGCCUUCCCCGCAGCGCCCUGGUCGAGCUCUCUCAGGAGAUCGACAUGGAGGGCCGAGUCGUUGCGGGCGACGACCUCGAGUGGGGGAGCGUAUCGGGCCGGUAUAGCGAUGGCACGGGGCAUGGCACUCGAAAGGAAAGUAUCAGCAGCAGCACUCAGAUGCAGAUCGUCGAGUCUGAGGUCGAUGACGAUGAUGAGGACGUGGACAUAUCGUAG